AUGUCGGUGGACCACAAGCCCGGCCGCAAGGCUGAGAGCAGGAGGAUUCUGCGCAGCGGGGGCUAUCUGGAUGAGACGGACCCCCGGAACCCACGCGUGGUUUGUGACACCCUCAAGAUGUCCAUCGCCACGAGCCGUGCACUCGGAGACUUCGACUUCAAGUCCAACCCGUCCAGGCUGCCGGAGGAGCAGAUGGUCAGCCCAGUGCCGGAGUUGUACACGAGGCGCAGAGAUCCUCAAGACGAGUUCCUUAUUCUGGCCACGGACGGUGUUUGGGACGUGAUGGACAACCCUGGGAUCGUGAGCUUCUUGCAGAUACAGGCGGCCUGCCUCGCCCGAGGGGAUGAGAUCUACGGAGAAACCGGAGAUACCGGAGAAACCGACAGCGAGUUGCUCGCGAGGUCCGUCCUGAAGCGCUGCCUAGACCUCGGCUCCCGCGACAACAUGACCAUCGUUCUCGCGGACCUAAGACGGCGGCGGCGGAGGGCAAGGCCGAAGGUAUCGCCGCCAAAGCUGUCGCCGACGAUAGGAGAGGGUCGCGGCGGUGUCGAAGACCGGGGGGGGGUGGCGGCGGCGGCGAUCGGGGCACCCCUGCUCGGGAAUCGCGGCGGCACCGAGGCGGUACCAACGGUAGCAGCGGCGGCAGUACCGGCGGCCGUGGUGGGGGCUUCGACGGCAACAGCGGUAGCAACGGCGGCGGCGGCGGUAGCCCCAGCAGCAGCGGCGACAACAACAGCGGGUGCUGGAGACAAAGGAGACUUUGGCCCUAGCAUGAGGGUUAGUGGUGGUGACAGUAGUGUUGGUGGCAGCGCGGUAUCCGUGUCGACGGGGGGGGGUGACCCCGCUGUACACGGCUCGGUAGCAGCAGCUGCAGCGGAGGCGGGAGUGGGCACAAGAGAAGCGUUGCGCCAGAACGCCGGUGGUGACGGCGUGGGUGCGGGCGAUGGGUCAUUUCUGGCGGGACACGUCGGCGACGGCCGGGACGGGUCGUCGAGAACGCGCCCGGGACAGUCAGCCGGCGUGUCAGGGCUGACGGCGGGAGGCGGGGGCGCAAACAAUACCUCGAAAAUCGCGGUAGAGCCCGGUGGCGUUGCUGUCAGCGGGGUAGUAGGCGUUUCGGGAAAAACUAGCACCGGAGGCGCGGCGGCUGUAGUCGAAGGCGAUGGCGUCGGAGAAGCCUUGACCGUGCGGGAGGCGGGCGGGUUGCUGCGGCCACCAGAAGCGGUAGACGGCAACCAAGAGCGGUAGCAUCGGUGAUGAAGGUUUUUCGAGGAGGCGGUUUUGAUUUAUGCCCCAAGAUUGCUUCCUUAAGGAAAGGAAGUAAUGCCAAAACACUUGGUUGCCGUGUUCACUGCAGCGCACCGAGCGUGCGAGUAGAUUUGUUGUUGCAGGGUGGUGGGGGUAGCAGCACUUACUACUGGGUGUAUGGGGACACUGAGGCGACGGAGAUACGAUCGCCCUUGUCAAGACCAGCCGGGUGGGGUAGCAGCACUUACUGCUGGUGUUAUGGGGACACCCAGGCGACGGAGAUACGAUCGCCCUUGUCAAGACCAGCCGCGGGAUUCGCAUGCCCGUCUACUCCGUUAAUGCCCGAUUUUUUCGCGUACAGUAGCUGCUCCUGGGCGAUACAACAUGACACGGAACUGUCCGACGCCCAAAAACCGGAGGUUUGUUGGGGAGCACAUUGAGACAGCAGUGGCAAAUUUGCUCCGGGGCGUAUGUUGCAACCCCACCCCAUCCCCCACUGGUGCCCGACAACAAUGUUCAUCUAGGGAUGUUGCCGUCAUGCUAGUCGCCGUGUAGUACCCUCGUUGCUGCUCUCAUGUGUUGUGGCAGGGAGAGGGACGUGGGUGUUCUUAGCUGUUGUGGUUCUUAUUAUUUUGUUAAACUCUUCGUUUUCCCGUUCCCGCGCGCGUUUCUAGGGCGUAGUGUUUUGUUUUGUCCGGCCCCUCCGUGCGGACACGCUUACGGUCCUAAUUUGAUGCGGCGGUAGGUAGUGAAAAAACGUGGUUUGUGUGGUUGUAGCAGAUAGAUGUGUGGAUGUGCGUUUU